AUGGUGUUGGCCAUCAUUUCCGACAGGAUGCCUAUUUAUGCCGGUGGGAUUGGACAUGUCAAGGACUGGUUUGAACAAUUUCGAGAGUCUACUGGUGAGAUCCGCACGCAGCUGGUGGAGCAGUUCAAAUGCCUGGAGCAGCAGUCCGAGUCCCGCCUGCAGCUGCUCCAGGACCUCCAGGAGUUCUUCCGCCGGAAAGCUGAGAUUGAGCUGGAGUACUCCCGCAGCCUGGAGAAGCUGGCCGAGCGGUUCUCCUCCAAGAUCCGCAGUUCCCGCGAGCACCAGUUCAAGAAGGACCAGUACCUCCUCUCGCCCGUGAACUGUUGGUAUCUGGUCCUGCAUCAGACCAGGCGGGAGAGUCGAGAUCAUGCCACCCUCAAUGACAUCUUCAUGAACAAUGUCAUCGUCCGCCUCUCACAGAUCAGUGAGGAUGUCAUCAGACUCUUCAAAAAGGUGGGCAAGGGGGCCACUCCACCUGCUCAGAUAUCUCUGCCCCAAGCUAAGCAUUACAAAAUUGCCAGCCAGGGUGGGAUUUGGUUUGGGGGCAUGGGACCAGGAGGGCAGGUGUGUUGA